AUGCUCGGCUUCCGCCCCCUGUCCGUGGGCAAGCGGAAAACCCAGUCGUAUAACCAGGCUCCGAACCACGACGGCGAUGUGGACGGCGGCGAUUUGAACGAGAAGGGAUAUGCCAGCGAUGACUAUGAAGCCUAUAUGUCAUCCGGGACAUCGAGUCCCUUGUCCUCCCGCCAAUCGUCAGGCGCAUACGAUCAGAACCCCAACAAUAUCGAAUCGAGACCGCUCCGACCGUCGACCAAAUCCCAUCGAAGAAACCCUUCGAAACCGACCGUGAGUGCAUACAGCUACAGGAAUCCGCGGGCAUGCACUAGAUACUUUGGGUUGGCUGUGGCGAGUACACUGCUUUUCUUCAUGUAUUUCCUGUUCAGCAGCAGUUGGGAGUCUAUACGGAAUGCAGAGCUUGGGCUGAACAAGCCACCGCCACCCCCGAACGUCUGGGAAAGCUUUCCCUUUUUGAAGCGAUACCAUGGUGGCAUACGGACCUUGGUUAGCCGGGAAAAGAACGUACCUGAGUAUCCGACCAAGCAGGAUAUCGACCCCGAGCUACCAGCCGAACAACAAAAGGAGGGCACGAAAGAGCAAAGAUCACAAGGCUCACAUAUUGCCGAUUCAAUAGAAUUCGACCCGUAUCCGGAAUACAGCAGUGAGAGUUAUGUGGCCAAGUACGGGCCUGUGGAGACGUGCUACCUGGAUGCGAACGAUACCAUCAAGAUUCCUGGCCUACGAGCAUACAAGGGCGUCCCGGAAGGCUUGCCAGAUAAUGUCAUUGGAAGCUACGAGACCUUGGGCUUGAGAAACGACAUUUGCUUUGAGCGCUUCGGUCGAUUGGGCCCAUACGGUUUGGGCUACAGUAAGAGACGGGGUGGUACUGGCGCAGGCAUGGAAGGAGAUCGCGAGGGCAUCGAAGACGUCUGGAAGACGACCCCAGAGGUCGACUUUCGCGAUAUCAACUGGACAGAGGCUUCUCAGCGUUGUUUGCAAAAGAACAAAGGGCGCUUCCAAAAGCAACGCAAGAAGCAGGCAAACUCGUUCCAGAUGCAGAAGCGCGAUGCGGACAUCGCUAGCACGGCACCUGUCAACACCGCAACUCCCGAGAAGUCAAACGCAGUGCACAAGACGCUUCUCCCCCGGACUGCAGUACUCCUCCGAACAUGGUGGGACUACCAGUACGAUGACGAAGAUCUCAUGUACCUCCGCGCUCUCAUCUCCGAGCUGACCCUUGCAUCGGGUGGCGAGUACGAAGUGCACUUCCUCAUCCACGUCAAGGACGACAACAAGCAGAUUUGGGCCGACGAGAAGGUUUACGCGGAAGUCCUUAAGAAUGCUUUGCCCGCCGAAUUUGCAGGUAUGGGUACGCUAUGGUCUGAACGUCAGAUGAGCCUGAUCUAUGGUGGCCUUGAAGAGUCCAACUACCGCGGUCUGCCCGUUCACGGUGCUUACCGUUCUACUUUCAUGCCUGUCACUUACUUUGCGCACCAACAUCCCGAGUUUGACUUCUUCUGGCACUGGGAGAUGGACGUCCGAUAUACUGGACAUUUCUAUCAUCUCUUUGAACAAGUCUCCAAAUGGACCACUGCUCAACCGCGUAAAGGACUCUGGGAGCGUAACGCACGCUUCUACGUACCGUCAGUGCACGAAACAUGGGAAGACUUCAAGCACACGGUGCGUGUUCAGACUGAGCACGGCACGAACAAUCAAGCCAACAGAUGGUCCUCGCAUCUUCCCCCAAACCCGCACGUUCCGGUACCGGAGAUGCAAAAGCCAGAGAAGCCCAUCUGGGGCCCAGAACUUCCACAAGACUACCCAGACAUCGAGAUUGACGAAGCUGUGAAGCCCAACACUACCAUACUUGAAGACAAGUACGAGUGGGGCGUCGGCGAACCGGCCGAUCUGAUCGUCUUCAACCCUCUAUUCGACCCAGACCACACAAACUGGAUCCUGGCGGACGAUGUCACAGGCUACGACAAGAAGAACGGGCUCCCACCACGGCGAACCGCAAUCAACACCUCAGGCCGGCUAUCAAGGCGACUCCUCGAGACUAUGCACCGCGAACAAUACCGCUUCCGCCACACCAUGUUUAGUGAAAUGUGGCCGGCAUCAUGCGCCUUGCACCAUGGCCUCAAGGCUGUCUACGCACCCCACCCCGUCUUCGUCGACCGCAAGUGGCCCACACAGUACCUCGCUGCUAUCUUCAACAACGGACGGAAUGGCGCUUCGGGCGGUGCGCGUAUGUCUGUUUUCUCAGAUGAAAGACAACAUAACUUCCUUGGCACGACUUGGUACUACCAUGCUGGGUUUGCACCUAACUUGUGGAAGCGCUGGCUCGGGUACAAGGUCGAUAACGACGGCGGUGAGGAGGAAGAGCUUUCGCACGAGGGGCGUAUGUGUUUGCCUGGUGUGCUGUUGCAUCCUGUUAAGCAGGUUGACUUAAUACAGGAGCGUGUUGAGGAGACCAAAAAGGAGGAGUAA